AUGAUCGUAGACGAUGUCGAAAAAUGGGAGGAAAAGAAACAAAAAAGAACUGACAAUGCAAACAAAAGGGCUGUAGCAAAACUAAGUAAAAUUAAAAAAGUAAAUAGGAAAAUUGUAUCGUCUUCAAGUUCUUCAAGAGACGGGGAACUCUCGAUGAGUGAGUCAGACGAUUCUUUAAUUGAUUUUGAAGAUGAGCUUGAGGAACUGCUUCCUGUAAAUACCGGUAAUCUCAAGAAGGGGACAUACAAAUAUAUGUGUGUGGUUGAUAAUGUAGAUGAUAGUGAUGGUGAUUGCAGGGUUAUUGCUUUGAGAUGUGCCGACAAAAGUAAAAAAAUCUUUUCACUUGCAGAUUCCGACAUCAGUGACGUUCCAUUUGAAGACAUCAUUGGAUUAGCACCUGAUACUAACAUUAUUUUAAAAGGAGCAAGAAUGUGA